AUGGCGAACCGCAAAAAAAGAGUUGCAGUCGAGCCAUCGCUUGACUCGAAGAAAGCUUGGACUGACUUGGAGAUAAAGAUUUUGAUCGAGUGUUGGCUUGAUGCGUCUGAGGAUCCAGAUUUUGGGAAUGAUCGAACGGGUGACAGUUUCUGGGACACGAUGAUUGAGAACUACAAUGCACAAGUGGAAUAUCAUAGAAAUAAGCACCAAAUGACGUCCAAAUGGAGGAAGAUUCGAGCCCAAGUUGCCAAGUUCAAUGCCAUUUGGUCCAAGUACGAUGAUAACCGAAGUAGCAGAGAAAACGACACCCAAGUUAUGGAAGAGGCGCGAGCCACCUACAAAGCUGAAGUUGGUGUCGCGUUUAACAUGUAUGAAUGUUGGUUACGUUUGAAGGAUAAGCCAUUGAUUCUCGCACCUUUCGGUGUGGAUGUUUUGGGUCGUAAUAUGACAAACAGGAGACCGGGAGUUGGGCUGAGUGAUCCGGUUAGUGUUGACAGUGAUGAGGAUGUUCUCGCCUAUGAACCCGUCGAUCUUGGAACCGAAAAUGAACUCUUCAGGCCUGACCUAUUUGCGCGUUCAGCUAAAACAAAGUCUCCACGCACUUCCACCUCUUUCGAUGCAGGUUUAGCUCGAUCAUUGGCAUCAGACAUCGUCGCCCAACUCGAGAGGCAUUGUAAAACCCGACAGGAGAUUUUGGAGUCCCAGAGGGAGUCACUAGCUUUCAUCCACGAGGAAGAAACGAAACGGACGAUGUAUUCGACACUUUCUUUCAUGGGGACGACCGAGUUGGACGAGGAGGAUAAGAGGUUCAUCAAGGACGCGAAGAAGAAGCUGAUGGCAGAGUAUACACCCAUCAUCCAAGGUCCCGGCUGUGUUUAG